GCAAGCAGAGUAUCAUAGAAGUCCGUAAACCUCCUUCCAUUUCAUUUCUUGCGGAGGUCGGACUCGAGAGAAGCCAGGGAAAAGAUGAAGAUAUUGGUGGCGCUGAAGAGAGUCGUGGACUACGCAGUCAAGAUCAGAGUAAAAUCCGACAAGACCGGAGUCGAGACGAGCAACGUGAAAAUGUCGAUGAAUCCCUUCUGCGAGAUCGCCCUCGAAGAAGCCCUUCGCAUCAGGGAAUCUGGUCUUGCUUCUGAGGUCAUCGCCGUCAGCAUGGGCCCCACCCAGUGUACGGAGACCCUGCGGACCGGUCUCGCGAUGGGCGCUGAUCGGGCGGUUCACGUCGCUUCCGAUGCUGUCCUUUAUCCGCUCUCCGUCGCCAAGCUACUCAAGGCGCUUGUCGAGAUCGAGAAGCCUGGGCUCAUCAUACUCGGGAAACAGGCAAUUGAUGAUGAUUGCAAUCAAACCGGGCAAAUGGUAGCUGGGCUACUCAGAUGGCCUCAGGGAACCUUUGCUUCGAAGGUUUUGUUGGACAAAGAAAAACAAGUGGCAACAGUGGAGAGGGAGGUGGACGGAGGUCUUGAGACUCUAUCUUUAGAUCUACCAGCCGUCAUAACCACGGACUUGAGAUUAAACCAGCCACGUUAUGCAACACUUCCCAACAUAAUGAAAGCUAAAUCAAAGGUGAUCAAGAAGGUUACUCCUGAAGAGCUAAACGUGGAAAUCAAGUCUGAUUUGGAGGUUGUUGAAGUCAAUGAACCACCCAAGAGGAAAGCUGGCGUGAUUGUUUCCUCUGUUGAUGAGCUCAUCGAUAAGCUUAAAAAUGAAGCCCAUGUCCUUUGAUGCCUACUCUUUUGCCGAAUUCGUUUCAGAUCCUUCUUUCCUCAGGAAUAACAAAAAAUAAGUCCAUUUCUUGGGUCAGACUUCAAUGUGUGUUUGACCUAGCUGGCUGAAUUAUGGAAACUCAUCUUACUGCAACACAUGGUAAGCAUGCAUGGCAAUCAGGACCGACCAAUUGAUGGUGGACAGCUUAAAAAAUAAGAUUGAUGGGAUAGUACUAUUGAUGGCGGAUGUCUUCAAUUGGACAGGAUGUGGAAUAACAUCAUCACGUUCACAAUGCAGGCCGACAUGAUGUGCUGUUUGGCAGCAAAGUGUAUUGUAAUUUGUAUUCCAUUUCCACCUUAAGCUGGAUAUGAUUGCUUUUUUGCUUGCCCAAACAAUGCCUUU